AUGGAUUUGCUUGGUGCAGCAACCAUCCAGUUUGGCUUUGAUCUUUUCAAAGAGUUGAAUAAAUCAAAGGAUGGCAACAUCUUCUUUUCCCCUGCGGGCAUCUCAACUGCCAUCGGCAUGCUCCCCCUAGGGGCCCGAGGAGCCACCGUGGCCCAGCUACAGAAGGUGCUUUGCUCUGAAAAAGACACAGAAAGCUCAAGAAUCAUAGCUGAAAAAAAGAGUGUGAUUGAGAAGAGAGAUGAGCUACAUCACCAAUUCCAAAAGUUUUUGACUGAGAUAAGCAAACCCACUAAUGAUUAUGAACUGAAAAUAGCCAACAGGCUAUUUGGAGAAAAGACCUACCUCUUCCUUCAGAAAUACUUAGAUUAUGUUGAGAAAUAUUACCAUGCUUCUCUGGAACCUGUUGAUUUUGUAAAUGCAGCUGAUGAAAGUCGGAAGAAGAUUAAUUCCUGGGUUGAAAGCCAAACGAAUGAAAAAAUCAAGGACCUGUUUCCAGAUGGCUCUCUAAGCAGCUCCACUAAGCUGGUGGUGCUGAACAUAGUUUAUUUUAAAGGGCAAUGGGACAGGGAGUUUAAAAAAGAAAAUACCAAGGAGGAGGAAUUUUGGCUGAAUAAGACUACAAGUAAAUCUGUGCUGAUGAUGACACAGCGCCAUUCCUUCAAAUUCACUUUCCUGGAGGACUUGCAGGCCAAAAUUCUGGGGAUACCAUAUAAAAACAAUGAUCUAAGCAUGUUUGUGUUGCUGCCCAAUGAUGUAGAUGGUCUGGAGAAGAUUAUGGAUAGACUAACUCCCGAGAAAUUGGUAGAGUGGACUAGCCCAGGGCAUAUGGAAGAAAGGAACGUGACUUUGCAUUUGCCCAGGUUCGAAUUGGAGGAUAGUUACGAUCUGGAGGCUGACUGGGCGGCCAUGGGGGUGGAGGAUGCCUUCAGUGAGCACACAGCUGACGACUCCGCGAUGUCCUCACGCUCAGGGCUGGAUGUUCAGAAGUUCCUGCACAGGUCCUUUGUGGUGGUAACUGAGGAAGGUGUCGAGGCUGCAGCUGCCACUGGCGUAGGCUUUGCUGCCGCAUCAGCGCCAGUUUAUGAAAAGUUUCACUGCAAUCACCCUUUCUUGUUCUUCAUCAAGCACAAUGAGUCCAACAGCGUCCUAUUCUUUGGCAGACUUUCUUCUCCUUAG